AUGGCUAAAGCACCGAAGAAGGGCUCUGCCGAAGAAGCCAAGGAAAGCGAGGAGGCCAAGAAAGCUCGAAAAGCCGCUGAGGCCCUGAGGGGAAGCGUGGCCAAGAUGGGUUCCUCGGAGCGUGCCCAGUGGUACCGCCAAGAGAAACGGAAGCGGGCAACCGAGUCAAAGAAAAGCCGCAGGACCUUCGCAACGGCAGUGGGGGCCUUGGAAGAGACUCGCCAGACUGGGAAAUUGCAGCGGCUCACGAUACAUGACCCCCCGCGACUGCAGUACAGUACCUUGGAGGAUGCUAUGGCAGCCUACGAGCAUCGCUGCACGGAUCCGGACGUUGUGACCAAGGAGAUCAACGGGGAACUCUGCCUCCGGGUCAACAACGGAGGUCUGGAAAAUGUCGUGGACCGCCAUACCGUUGCAGCGUCCGUGCGGCAGCGGACUGACCUUGGCGAUGGCGAGCAGCUUGAUGGUUUCGAAGAGGAAAUCGGACCUCGCAUGAAACGUGCUUCUGACAAGCUCCAAACAGAGCGGCUUCUGUCAGAGCAGCAGGGCAAGCAGGCCUACGUUCCGGCCGUCGCGGUGCGACGAGAUUUGGAGCAAGAGAAGGAAGUUGCUGAGAACAGAGCUGCUGAAUUUCAGCAGCAAGCCUUGGCACUCAAGGAGAAAGCUGAUCAAAAGAAGAAAGAGUUGAAGGAGAAGCAAGCAACCCAGCUUCCCUCCUUGGCAGCAAAUGCUUCGAUGUCCGAGCUGUUGAAGCGUCAGAAGGCCACAGCAGACACCUUGUGCAAGGACUUGACGAAUGCUUUGUGCAUGUCAGACGUGCCCGUGAAGAGAGAAGCCGAGGAAAAGACGAAAGUGCUGAAUGACAAGAUCAAGGACCUGGAGACUGCCAUGGAGGAGUCCAUCGCAGAAUGGAACACCAAGGCUGCUGACGAAAGCCUUGACAUCGAAGCCAUGGUGUCAAUGGAGAAGGCAGUGUUGGACACGAAGCAGCAGAUUAAAAACUUCCGCGAAUUCACCGCAGACUGCAAGAAGGAGGUGAAGAAGCGGGACAAGCUGGCCGCGAAGGCGACAGUGAGGGGUUCGAACAAGAAGGCCAAGCUUGAUCAUCCGAACAGCCAGGCAGCUUCCGAGACCCCCGCCUUGGUGGUCAAUCUGUUGAAGCACCUCAAGGAGAACCCGCUUCCCGAUGAAACCAUCAACUGCGCAGCGGAGCCAGAGGAUGAGAUGACAGUGCCCCUUCUGCUCCCACCAACGCCCGUGGAAGGCUUUACCCGGGAUGUGACCCGGAGCAGCCAGAAGUAUUCGUGUGCGGUGCAGCUGGACCAGAUCCUGCCGGUGCCACUGCGUUCCGUGGCACGACCCUCGAGCAAGGAGCUGCAGGAGAUCUGGCAGUUGUACUUUUACCAGAUGGCCGGGGACUCCGGCCGCCUCUCGAUGUCCACUGACUGGGGCUUGCCCGAAUUGCGCAUCUGCUGCGAAGGCAAGGAGAUCUACUUGGGGUUCCCCGUGAAGAAGCUAGCCGGCAACACGACGGCCGAGAUGCUGCAGCACCUGGAGCGGAUGCGUGCAGAAGAGUUCCUCACGGCAGUUGAGCGGGAUGGCUGGUGUGACAUGCCGCCCUGGGAGGGGAUUCACAUCGUGUCUGACAAAAGCCUCCAGACGGCUCUCACUCACCUGGAGAGGCAGGUCCAACAGGACCCGACACUGGAGUCCAAAAGAACCGGCCAGCUGCUGAAGUGGAUCCGCGAGAGGUGA